UGACGUGUGCACGUACGCUUUUCGCAAAAAAUAAAAAACAACGGUCUAAUUUCAAAGUGGAAGAAAAAAAAUCGUAUCGAGAUAAUUUUGUGUUUAACUAACUUUUUUUUAUAAACCACUCAAUAUACUUACCUAUUUUGGAAAUAAAAAUAUUCGUAACAUUUUAUAAUAUUCUAACGAAUUUUUUAGUGAUAAAAGCAAUUGAAAUAGAGUGACUUUCAUGUUACAUUUUUUGAUUCAUCAAUUCCAAAGGCAAAGAUCGAAAGCCAUACAGCCUAAGUGAUUUUUAAAAAAUUUGUACUUCAGAACUCUUAGGAAGUGUUAAAUAGCCGAAAAACUAAAAUAAAAAUGAUUUUAAUAUUUCUCCUCAUUUCUAUGACAAAUCUAUGCAUUGCCAAUGUUUUCAUGACCCAAAUAAACCACAUGGAAUACUACAGAAAUAGGACUCGUCCUUCGAAAGCCUUCAAUAGUUUUUCAACGAACUAUUUCAAUCAGAAUUCUAUAGGGAAACCGGGGAAGGAAAAAGUGCAGUGCGGUACAAGGACAGUGGACUUUACUUUGAGGAGGGGGAAAAUUGUGGGGGGUUCCGAGGCGCCCUAUGGAGCUUUUCCUUGGCAAGUGGAAAUUCAAAUGCUAAACGCAGACAAACUGACUUUCGAGCAUCAUUGCGGAGGCGCUGUGAUCGCAGAACGUCUGGUCCUCUCUGCUGCACAUUGUUUUGAUAAGGAGCCAUUGCAGCUGGAUCACAUAAGACUGCUGGUUGGUGAACAUCGGCUGAAGAUGCAGGACAAGCACGAAAAUCGGUUCCUCGCGGAGAAGGUGGUGCUUCAUCCAGAGUUCAGAAAAAAUGGCCCCCACAGCAACGAUAUAGCAGUUGUUCUAGUCUCUCGCUCGGGUGUCCAGUUCAACUCCCACGUCAGGCCGAUCUGUUUGCCGGACAAAGCUGAUACCACGGGGCGAUGGUGCGCGGUUAGCGGCUGGGGGUACCAGGCAGAAGGAACAGACAACUUUGCGCCCGUUCUGAGAGCUGCAGCGGUACCGGUCCUGGACCAAUCCACGUGUAGGAAGGAAAAGGUGCUCGGUGGGUGCCAACAGACGAUAUUGGACUCUAUGCUGUGUGCUGGUAUUCUCUCAGGCGGUGUCGACGCUUGCAAGGGUGACUCAGGGGGUCCCCUCGCCUGUUAUGGCACGAACCGAUGGCAACUCCAUGGGGUAGUGUCAUGGGGCUCAGGUUGUGCGAGACGAGCGCGGCCGGGUGUGUACACUAGAGUAGUUUCCUAUGUAGACUGGAUUAGAAGCACCGCCGCGUCUUUGGGACAGAGAAUAUUGUGAAAACAUGUUGAAAGAUAAUGAAAAAAAAAGCACGCCAAUUCCGGAAAGUUAAUGAGUAGAACAGACACAUUUUCGCAUUUAUAAUAUUAUGGGUGGUUAUUAAAUUGUUACCGAACUAAUUAGGUAUUUCAGUUAAUUUUUAAAAUUUUAAACUCCCGAAAUCAAUUUCAGAAUGUGUCGAAAUUUUUUUAUACUUAGGACGUAAGAUUAAUUAUAGUUUGGAUUUUUAUAUUUUUGAUAAUAAUCCAAGUAUUUAUUAAGUGCUGAAUAAUAUAAUUAUGAAUAAGUAUUAUACAUACCUACUUAAAUGAAAAUAAUAAAAAAAUCAGGAGUAGGUACCUACCUACACUACAGUAACAACUUUUAAAAUCAGUAUUUUAAUUUAAAAAUGUAGUUUUAACGCCAAAGACUAG